AUGAAAACAAACGUGGAAAGCUUUUGGGUUUUCGCCCUAGCCUUCAAAUUCAAAUCCUUAUUUUCCACAAACUUCGCAUGUUUUACAUUACUCUUGGUCCUAACGUGGAUUGCCAAAAAUUUGAUUUUCUGGGCACAUCCAGGCGGCCCUGCUUGGGGAAAACACAAAUGGAGAAAAUUCAGUUCAAUCCCAAUUAACAAACCUAUUCCUGGUCCAAAGGGUGCUCCAAUUAUUGGGAGUAUGAAACUCAUGAUGGGUUUAGCCCACCAAAAAAUUGCAGCCAUGGCUCAAUCCUUCCAGGCCAAACGUCUAAUGGCGUUUAGCCUGGGUGAAACACGAGUAAUCGUCACUUGCAAUCCCGAUGUAGCAAAAGAAAUCUUGAACAGUUCUGCAUUUGCUGAUCGCCCGGUGAAAGAAUCCGCCUACUGCCUUAUGUUCAACAGGGCUAUUGGUUUUGCUCCCUAUGGCGUUUACUGGCGAACACUUAGAAGAAUUGCUGCCACCCACCUCUUCUGCCCGAAACAGAUUAAGGCUUCGGAAACUCAAAGGUUGGAAAUUGCUAAUCAGAUAGUGGCAAUAUUUCGAGCGCGAAAAGGUGAUAUUCGUGUUCGGGAUUCACUGAAAUUAGCAUCCCUUAAUAACAUGAUGUACUCUGUAUUUGGACGAAAGUACAAGCUGGAUUCUCGUGAUGCUAAGAUGGAGGAGUUCAGAGAAUUGGUAGAUGAAGGGUACGAGUUGUUGGGUACACUAAAUUGGUCAGAUCAUCUUCCUUCGUUUGCUGAUUUUGACGUACAGAAAAUCCGGUUCAGGUGCUCCAAGCUGGCCGCCAGAGUAAACCAGUCUCUUCGCCGGAUUAUUGACGAGCGCAAGGCAGAAACCGCCCUGCUCCACCGUGAUUUCUUGGAUGUCUUGCUGUCUCUUCAAGAGCCUGAUAGAUUGUCUGAUUCCGACAUGCUUGCCGUACUUUGGGAAAUGAUAUUUAGAGGAACUGAUACUGUGGCAGUUUUGAUUGAGUGGAUAUUGGCAAGAAUGGUGUUGCACCCUGAUGUUCAAGCAAGGGUUCAUGAUGAAUUGGACAAGGUUGUGGGGAGGUCGAGUGCUGUGACCGAGUCCCAUAUAACAGAAAUGGUGUAUUUAGCGGCCGUGGUGAAGGAAGUAUUGAGAUUGCACCCGCCAGGCCCACUUCUCUCUCAAAACAACGUAGAACUCUCCGAAAUGCUAAGGCUAUCUUGUGAAAUGGCUAACCCACUUAAGGUCCGUGUCCGACCCAGGCGUGCCCCUCGAGCCUAA